UGCACUAUGGACAGAGAGGGUGUGGCCACACUGACUGCUGCUGAGUUUCACCUGAGAACUAAAUAAGCAAGCUCCACAGGUACUGACACACAGCCAGGCCUCACAGGAUCUACUCACACUUUGGAUUAUUUCUUCCCUUUAAGGGUUAUAAUGGAGUCUGAAUUUACAAACUGGAGGCUAAAGGUGGCUGUGCUACUUCUGCUAACAAUCCAGCUCAAAACAGAUGUUUCAAAAGCUAUGCAGGUGACCACUUCAGGGCCACAGACCGUCCAAAUAGGCCAGGGGGAGAAAGUGAACUUGGGAUGCACGUACACCCCCGGCUCCCAAGAUACAGGAGAGCUGGACAUCGAAUGGUCCAAUGUCCGUCCUGAUAUGACACAGAAAGACCAACUGAUCUUGUCCUUUACAGGAGGCAUAAUGCACAGAUACGGGGACCCCCGCAUUUCCGAGAGAUGGAAUUUCAUUGGGAAUCCUAAACAGGGUGACGCCUCCAUCUCAAUCUCUGAUCUGAAGCCCUCAGAUACAGCCACCUACCAGUGCAAAGUGAAGAAGGCGCCUGGUGUCGACGUCAGAAAAGUCACAGUGGUGGUAAUGGUUCGCCCGUCAUCGCCAAAGUGUUGGGUUGAAGGUGGUGAGGAGAGGGGCAGCACCGUGUCCCUCUGCUGUAAAUCCUCACAGGGGACCUCUCCUCUGACAUACACGUGGAGGAGGGAGACUGGAGGCACAAUUCCAGCCACAGCAACCCAAGACCCACAGACUGGGGUGCUUUUGAUAAGGAACCACACAGACAGCAACGUUGGAAGUUACGCGUGUGAGGCGAAAAACGCUGUUGGCAAAGCAGAGUGUAAAUAUGCACUGCACGCAUACAACCCUACCAACAAGGCUGGUGUCAUCGCUGGUGCAGUGAUCGGUGCUCUCCUGCUGCUGCUCCUGCUCUUGCUCCUCAUCUGGCUCCUGAUCUGCUGCUGCCACAAACGCCGUUAUCAGAAAGAGGUCGCAAACGAAAUCAGGGAGGAUGCCCCGGCCCCGGAGAGCAGACCCACCAGCAGAAACUCCAGUUUGCGCUCAGUGAUGGGGUAUCGCACCCACCCCGGGGUGAUCUACAGCUCUGUGAAGAACUAUCUGCCCAACAGGGAGUCAGGCCGCAGUGCUGUCUACACAGGAGGGAGCAACAACACACCACAGCCUGUUACUACAGGGGGGAAAGCUUCUGAUCUCAAAUAUGAUCCUCAAUAUGGAUACCCAGUGUAACAAAAACACAAACAUCUGACAGUGUUUUUUAAUCUUAACUAAACUAUUUGAAAGAAUCCUCAUGUUAAAUGUGUAAAUGACAAAUGGUGCAAUACAAUAUAAGUGGAGGCUAACGGGAGUGCUGGUCCAGCAUACUUUGAACUCUUUUCAAAUCCGACCUCAGCCUGUGAACAAACGUUCAUGUACAACUGGCUGACUGUCAUAAUGCAUUGUGGCACAUCAUUACUGUUGUAUAAAUAAAAACAGGCUCUCAUAAUAUGAGUCAUUUUUACACAGGUUUUCCAAUAAGUGUUUGUAAAAUGUAUGUAAAUAAAAAAGGUUGUUUUUUUUCUAUGAUGCAUAUGUAGCUCAGUGAAUGCAUGGCUUUUGUAAAGUGCGUACAAUAAAACUCUGCUGUGUUUUUUAA